AUGGACUUCCGUCUGCAGGAAAAAUCUCACCUCUACUACAAGGUCAAUGGGAGCAGCUCCAGACCAGGCGAUGAUCAAGACCUGAGUCAGGAGGAGCAGGACUGCAUCCAGUUCUUUGAGAAAACCAUCGAUUCACUGGAGGCGAGUUUAGAGGAGGACGACUGGAGGCUUGUGCGAGCGAGGCCCUUUGAAAGCGCCACUCAAGAGGUCGCUAGACCUGUGGCUAUGAGCGCCAACCCCUACACUACCAACCCCAAAGAUCACGAUAUUAUUGACUUGGUCCACCAGGAAGCAGACUCUAAACAGCCGAUCUUCAGUCCCAACCAUCGAGGCUUUCAGACUAUGGUGCCACCCCCUGAAAGCCACUUUGAGAUAAAGCCAAGGCACAAUCCGAUGGACAGCUUGCCUUCAGAGUACAACCCUCCCCUCCCGAGUGGCAUGUCCGGGCAGACGGACACCUCCUACCACCCGGCAGGCAGUGUCCCCACCCCCGUGCUGAUUGCCAAGAAGAUAGCUGAGAACCAGUCCGGAGGAACAGCUAACUUCCUUCCUUCACUCCACCGCCUCAGCGUGGAUGAAAAGCCAAGCACAGAUCAUCCAGUGAAGCAGGGUCCUCCUACAUCUGCCAAGCCUACCCACUACCCUGACAACAUCAACAUGAUCGUUGGCAGCAAGGACCGCCAAAACCAGCCACCACCUAAUGUGAGCAUCCAGGAGAGACAGGCGCAUAUGCUGGCAAACCUAGGUGCAGGCAGCAGUCCCACAACACUGGAAGCUCAUCAUCCAACAACAACUGAGACUGGGCCCAAAUCGCCCGAAGCCCAUGUCACUACCCCACCUCAGAGCCUGAUUCACGCUGACAGGAAACCCGAGGUUCGGAGGACAUCGUCCUCUAGGAGCAAUGAAGACAGAAACCCCCAACCAAGCCUGUCGCCUCCAGCUGUCGCACAGAGCAGCUCCUAUCCACCUCCUGUGGAAAACAAAGUGUCCAUCCCCCAGCAGCCAUCUGAGGUGACCUCGUUGGCACUUAACAGCUACGGAGGAAAAUCCAUCGUGGUCCACCCUUCUGUUGGCUCCAAGAGUGAACCUGCACCCUCAACAACAAGCCAUGAACCCAGAACCCACGCUUCUGCACUCUCAAACCCCAGUGAUCCCAACGCCUACGGGGGAAAGAGCAAAGUCAUGACCCCCGGUUCCCUAUCUGGCUCCAGGACCGAGCUUCCCGACAUCCUUAGCUCACACAUGGACAGGAGUCAAACCUUGCCCUACAAAUCGGAGCUGCUGCAGCCCGAGCACAACAGCUACGGAGGAAAGAGCCGAAGCUUCAACCCGGUCACCGGCUUAUAUCGCACUUCAGAAAACCCAGCAAGGGGUUCCAAACCUCCAGCCCCAACACCGGCCCCGAGACCUCCUCGGCACUCCUACCAUGGCAUCGUUGUUCCCCAGAAACCUGCGACGCCCUUGUCCACAGACAACAGGCGAAGAUCCAACUCGAUGUUCCGUCCCCAAGGCAUCACGGUGCAGUUUUCUGGUCGAGGGGAGAUGAACGAAUCACGCAGAGAGGCACUGAGGAAACUAGGGUUGCUGAAAAAGUCUUGAUGAACUCUUGUUUGUUUGUUUUCUGGAUUUAUCCUCAGUUUUUACCUGCUGG